GAUCGCUCGUCUUCCCGCUUCUUCCUCCUCCUCCUCCUCCUCCUCCAUCCCCCGGGAUCGGAGGCCGGGCCGCCGACAUGAGCAGCCCCCGAGGGCGCGGGGAGCCGCAGCAGCAGCAGCAGCAGCAGCAGCAGCAGGCCGAGCCGGCGUCGGCUGGAGCCGCUGCCGGCGACGUGAUGGGAGACCCCGCAGAGAGCGGGAUGUGCGAAUGGGCAGAUCAUUACAAAGGGGACACUGGGGACGAGUCAGCCCCGUUAUCCUGUCCUUCCUGCCAUACCAGCUUCAAGGAUCACUCCGAGUUAUCGGCUCAUGUGGAUUCCUGCUGUCCGGAGCAACCUACCUGUUCUGUUGCUGCUACGGCCGUUGCUGGCCAGGACCACUCCAGCAUUUCCUCCUCUUCCUCCUCCUCCUCUUCCGUAGAGGUGCGUCCCGAAAGUCCUCCGAGCAUGGACGUCGAGCCUGGGCCCCUGCUGACAGACCCAACCCACGAAGCGGCCCGGCCCCGGCCGCCUGCUCCCGCUCCCCCUCCGCUGCCUCCGACCGCCGCCACCGUCCCCGCGGGGCACCUCAACAUCCCUCUGAUCCUCGAAGAGCUCCGUGUCUUGCAGCAGCGCCAGCUCCACCAGAUGCAGAUGACAGAGCAGAUCUGCCGCCAGGUGUUGCUCUUGGGGUCUCUGGGGCAGGUGGGCUCUCCGGCGCCUUCUGCCGAGCCGGCCCCAGUCGCUUCCCUCCCUCCCAAGCCCCCCUUGCCGGUCUUCUCCAUCAAAACGGAGCCGGGAAGGACCCAGGCGUCCGCCUCCCCGGAGGUGCCCAAGCCGGCCUUCUUCCACCUCUACCACCCUUUCCCCGGCGGGGCUAGAGUCCCCAAAGCCGAGCAGCUCUUGGCUCCGGCGUUCCCCACGGCCACGGGCCUCCUGGCCGCUCAGUGCUUGGGCGCCGCUCGGGGUUUAGAGCAGGCCACUUCCCCAGGGCUGCUGCGGCAGAAGAACGGAGGAGGCGGGGAAGCCAGCUUGGAGGAGAAGCCGGGCGGGCGCCACAAGUGCCGUUUCUGCGGCAAGGUCUUCGGCAGCGACAGCGCCCUGCAGAUCCACCUGCGCUCGCACACGGGCGAGCGCCCGUACAAGUGCAACAUCUGCGGCAACCGCUUCACCACCCGCGGCAACCUCAAGGUGCACUUCCAUCGGCACCGGGAGAAAUACCCUCACGUCCAGAUGAACCCCCACCCGGUCCCCGAGCACCUGGACUACGUCCUGACCACCUCGGGCUUGCCCUACGGCAUGUCGGUGCCGCCGGAGAAGGCCGAGCCCGGAGAGGAGGCGGCCGCCCCUCCGGCCGCCGAACGCAAAGCCCUCACGGCGACCGAGAGCCUGAGCCUGCUCUCCGGGGCCUCCCCUUCCGCAGCGGCCCAGGCCUUGCCCAGCUUCAACAAGCUGGUCCUCAUGAAGGCGGUGGAAGCGAAGGGGAAGGGUGACGAGAACACGCCUCCGGAAAGGGAGGCGGAAGGCGCCCGGCUCCAGCUGGGGAAGCUGGUAGGUUCCUUGCCCAGUUGGGCUCUGUUGGCCAACCACUUCAAGGCGGGCGCGGCGGUGGGGCCCUUCCCGUACGUGCUGGAGGCUUCGCCCUCGGAGACGUCCAAGCUGCAGCAGCUGGUGGAGAAGAUCGACCGCCAGGGCUCCCCGUCGUCGUCCUCGUGCGCCGUCCCCGCCACCGCCCAAGCCGUGGCCGGCUCCUCGUCCUCUUCCUCCCCGCCCACGUCUUCGGGGCCCAACCAGUGUGUCAUCUGCCUGCGGGUCCUCAGCUGCCCCCGGGCUUUGCAGCUCCACUACGGGCAGCACGGCGGAGAGCGGCCCUUCAAGUGCAAGGUGUGCGGACGCGCCUUUUCCACCCGGGGGAACCUCCGGGCCCAUUUUGCGGGCCACAAAACCAGCUCGGCGGCCCGAGCGCAAAACUCUUGCCCCAUCUGCCAGAAGAAGUUCACCAACGCCGUGAGCCUCCAGCAGCACGUCCGCAUGCACCUUGGCGGGCAGAUCCCCAAUGGGGCGCUCCUUCCUGAGCCUCCCGUUCCCGAGGGGACCCCGCUGGGCGAAGGGGAAAAGCAGCCGCAGCAGCAGCCGCCGCAGCAGGCCCCUCCACAGGAUGAAGAACUCUCUGAGGAGGAUGAAGAAGAACCCACUGACGAAGACUCUCUGGAAAGCGGCGGGGAGAAAGCCGAGGGCCCCUCCAGCCCCGAACAGGAAGCUCUGGGCCCUGCCAAGGAAGGGGAGGAAGCAUUACAGGCGGAGGAGGAAGGCGGAGGCACCAAUGUGACCUCGCCGUUGGGGCCUGGAAGCCCUCGGCGCCCCGUGCCGGAAGGGGAAGAGAAGGCAGAAAUGGAACAAGGGGCAACCCCGCAAGAGGAGGAGGAACCGGAGAAGGGAACCGGCGGGGAAGGCCCCUCGGAGAGGCAGCAGGGUAGCCAAGCCAAAGAGGGGCCGACGCUGCUUUGCGGUCUUUGCAAACAGGCUUUCCCGGAUCGGGCCGCUCUACGUAAACACGCAUUGACUGCCCACCACCAGGUUAAUCUCGGCAGCCACGUAUGGAGCAGCAGCCAGGCGCGCCGGGGACGCCGCCUGCCCCUCGACGGGCCUGUGCCUGUGUUGUCCGGAGGCCAGGUGAAGUUGCAGGACUUCCUUGGACGGGACGUACCAGCCCAGCUCGUCGGGGUAGGACCCCUGUCUUUCUGGAAUCAGUACACGGCCUUCCUCUCCGGAGGCCUUCCGACCAAGCCGCCCCACAGCGCGGCUGCUCCCACCUUGUCCUCCGCUUCCUCCGCUUCCAAUGUGGCCUCUCAAGGCCUCUUCGGAUCAAGCAACGCGCCCGGAAGGGCAGGCCCUAGCGAGGCUAAGGAGAAACCGCCUGUGGGAUCUCUACUCCUGCUUCCAUCGACCCCAGCUCCAGCUCCAGAGGUCGUCCCGGAGACCCAAGGGAAAGGAGAGAAGUAACUUGAUCACGACGUGAGCCUCCGUCGGGGGGAAGUGUUCUAGCAAUCCCGAGGGCGCUGGGGCAAAUAAACUGCACGCCAGGCCCCGCAAGAGAAGUGACUCCUGUCUAAUCUUAGCAGUAUUUUAGUCUUUUACUUUUAAUGUAGCGUGGAAGUCCGUUGGCCGGAAGGCAAAGAUCCUGACAUGGGGCGGGAGUGCAUGGCAACCACCCUGUACCCUUUGGGCAAUAAUAAAAUGGGUUCCCUCUAGUAUAGGGCAGGGAUGCCAGGCAGCCCAGUCCAGCAAAAGGGAGGGCAUCUUGAAUUUUCCUCAAUAAAAGCAGUUUGG